ACACUUCAGCCCAGACUUGUAGAUGUUAAAUGUUGAGGAUGGAGGGGAAAAGGGAGGUUGGUCUCCUCCUAUUGAACCUGAGGGAGGAGUCUCUGCGCGCCGAGGCACAGCUAGGACACACGCACUUGAAGGUUGCUAAGAGACACGCACGCACACCUCUUACCUGUCCGCCUUUCUACACUCGGUGAACAGAGGGAAUGACUUGUAUGUUCAUGUCGGAGAUUCGAGGAUUUCUGGUUGCACACAGUUCGGAUUUUAAUGAAUACAAUAUAAAAUAACGCGCGCCGGGACCGGCCGGAUGAGGAGGGCGGUGUUACGUUCAGGUGCACACAGGCUGCAGCCUGUUGAUCUGCUCUGCUCUGCUCUGGACUUCCCUGUUAUAUUUCACAGCGAGGACGUGAGGAGCCAGAGUGAAAGGCCUUUAUUUGACAGGACAGCUUAGACCUGAAAGUGGAGAGAGAGCAGGAAUGACAUGCAGCAAAGGGUCGCAGGUCGGAAUUGAACCCGUGGCCACUACGGAGAGGACCGAGCAUCUGUACACGCUCUACCAGAUGGCUCCAGAAACAGCACCCUGGUUUUUGAUGGAGACGUCCUUCUCCAGCCUGCAGCUGCAACACAUCCGGCCCGGAGCCCUCUGACCCGACGGACCCAUCAUCUCCACACCUGGCACAGAUGCAGAGGGGAGGCAACAUGCCUGUGGCCCGCAGGAAAGUGAGGGUGCUCUGCGCGACGAUGAUGCUCAACGUCAUCAUCUUUUUCCUAGUGGGCGUGUCCUGGAACCUUGGGCGGGACAAAAGUGACCGCCCUAAGGUUCGAAUCCCGUCCAAGAGGUUUUGGCGCCAACAGGUGCCGAGCAAAUAUUUCUGGAACAAGGAGCAGCAGCGCCUGGACUUGAUCUACAACCCCAUCUUCAACUCUCUGCCAAGUGACUCUCUCAUCGAGCUGCCUGAUUGGCUGAACGACACCGGGCCAGUCAACCCCUGCGAACCGGACUACAGAGUCCCCACGCAGAUCUCAGACUACAACACCCUGCCACACCGCUUCCAGGAUUUCCUCCUGCACAUGCGCUGCAGGACGUACCCCAUGCUGAUAAACCAGCCGCAUGUUUGUGACCAGAAACCCUUCCUGCUGUUGGCGGUCAAGUCACUGAUCCCGCACUUCGACCGGCGGCAGGCAAUCCGUGAAACGUGGGGCCGCGCGGGUGCCUUAGCCAAUCGCACCGUGGUGACGGUGUUCCUGCUGGGCAACGCGUUGCCGGUGGACCACUUCCCCGACCUGCUGGGGAUGCUGGGCCACGAGGCAAAGCUGCACAAAGACGUCCUCCUGUGGGACUACAGGGACACCUUCUUCAACCUCACCCUGAAGGACGUCCUCUUCCUGGAGUGGUUCAGCCAAAACUGUCCCCACGCUCAGUACGUCCUCAAGGGAGACGACGAUGUCUUUGUCAACACCUUUCGAAUUAUUGAACUCCUGGGAGGCCUGUCUGACAUCAAGGCCAAGGAUCUGUUCAUAGGUGACGUUAUCAGCGACGCCGGUCCGCAACGAGACCGGAAACUCAAGUACUUUGUCCCAGAGAGUGUAUUCACGGGGCAGUACCCGGCGUAUGCAGGAGGCGGAGGGUAUCUGUACUCUGGGGAGUUGGCGCUACGCCUUCGCAACGUUUCUCGGCAGGUAGCAUUGUAUCCCAUUGACGAUGUCUACACGGGGAUGUGUUUGAAAAAGCUGGGCCUGGUUCCUGAGAAUCACAGGGGCUUUAAGACGUUUGACAUCGAGGAGAAGUACAGGAACAACCCGUGCGUCUACAGGAAGCUGAUGCUGGUUCACAGCCGCACACCACAGGACGUGUUGAAGAUCUGGCCGUGGAUUACCCAUCCGGAGCUGGACUGCCAGUGAACACAUUCGUCUUUGUUUGCACUGUUGAGUUUGAUUGUGAGGGUGAUUCAGAAUAUAGACAGGAAUGAAAAUGGAAAAUUAGGUGUGUGUAAGUGCUACUGAAGUGGAGAUUUCUGGCUCAGAGUCUGAGAACAAAACCUUUCAAGAUAUGGAUUGUAAAAAAAUAAAAUGUAAAUAAAAAUAACAGAUAUCAGCGUGAAACUUCCCCAUUUGAUUACUUAUGUUUAAAUAUGCAAAUGACGCAUUAUCUAAUGCUAACUUUUGGUACAUUUUGAAGAAAUCUACAGACACAAACAGGCAAAGUGUAGUAAAAAUGUUUUCUUUCUACCAGUCUGAAAGAAAAAAUGUUACAGAAAAUAGCCCAAAACCUCAAAAUUGAACAAAAUGUUUUUGUCUGUAGUGUCUCUCUUUAAAGGUAAAAUAUGUAAUAAGUAUUGCCUUACUGUUUGCACACCGUUGAAUGUUGGCUCCUCCUCCCCGGCUCAAUGGUAAGAGAGAAAGAGGGAGCACAGCGGUUGUCGAGCGAUCUAGAGAGUGAAUAAACAGAGGGAGCAGUGAAUCGGAGGAAUAAAAAAAUCUUUUCUCACAUUGUUUUGCAGCAGUUAUGUUCUAAAGCACAAAUAAACACACCCACACCUCUCUGCAGGAAGGUGCAGCAUUGUUGCAUUAUGACUGAAAGCAGAGCUUCAUCGUGUCUGUUUCUGUGUGUUGAUGUCAGUUAGACUUGUGCGUCAGUAUGAGGCCACAUUUACAUUGCUACAUUUUGGUUUAAAACUAAUAUCUUUUGCUACGUUUCCUCCUAUUCCCCCUGCUCUGACAUUUCCCCCUCUC